AUGUUAUCCGAUCUUGAUCGUGCUGAAUACUGCAUUACUCAAAUCGGAAAAUGUGUUACCAACAAUAAUAUUAUCUUAUGGAAUAUGAAAUAUCAAAGAAUUGUCCAUACAAAAGGAUUGGUGUAUAUGAUGCAUGGAAGCCAUAUAAUCAAAAGUGAACUUCAAACUUCACUUAUUUUCAACAAUUAUAAGCAAAGUAACUUCACUAAACCUUAUCGCAUGGAUGGCGAUAUUAUCAUGGAUAUGGGACCAAAUUCGUCUAAACUGAGAAAUCGAAGGAUUAAAAAUUUUUUACCAGCUAUAAAGUUAGAUAAGUUAUUAUUAAUGGAAACGAAUAAAGGAGACAAAUUCGAUUCAGAGAAUACGAAAUUUCAAUAUCUUUUUGAUAAUUUACAGCAAAAUUUCCAACGACAAAUAAGCAUAGUGCAUCAAAGAAGUUGUCAAAAUCGUAACAAUUUACUGCUAUUAAUUGAAUCAGAUUAUUAUUACAAAGGAAUUAUGUGA